AUGCGGGAUGCAGCCCAUCCUCUUGAUAUCUUCUCACUAGCUGUAACUGAUACACAAAUCCUGUCGGCUUCUGGCGCAACUGCGCUCAAGAUUCAUUCUACAACAGAUCCUGAUUUCCCGUUGGUGCAAUCCAUUGAUGGUGCCCACAAAGUCGGCUGUCACCAUAUAGUGACAAAUGGGAAAGGCUCCAGAGCAGUCAGUGUAGGCUUUGGUGGAGAGAUCAAUGUCUGGGCCUGCCACGAGGGAACUUGGUCCAAGGACGACGCUGCUUCAGGAAACAUGGCAGGUGCAGCUGGUACCUGGGCUGUAGCUUUGUCAGAUGACGGACAAUACCUCGCUGGUGUCACCCAGGAUGGACACAUCAGAGUAUGGGAUCUCCAUGCUAGCGGCGAGUUGAUUCGAGACUACGAAACCAAGGGUAGUUUUGGCACUUGCUUGGACAUGUCUGUGGAUGGCCGCCUUAUUGCCAGUGGGCAUGAGAACGGUAGUGUCUACAUCUUCAGUACAGAAACUGGGCGAAUGCCAUUCAGCUUGUCAGGUCUGGUCAAGCCAGUACGGACUGUGGCAUUCUCUCCUGGAGGGAAGCUUCUUGCUGCCGCUGGAGAUUCAAGGGUGAUUGUGCUUUAUGACACUUCAUCUGGAGAGCAGGUUGCAAAUCUCUCGGGUCACUCAGCCUGGAUUCUUUCUCUCUCUUGGAGCCAUACAGGGGAGUACCUGUUGAGCAGCUCAUUUGACGGAAAAGUUAAAAUCUGGUCAAUUGAUACAAGGUCGUGCGUCGCAACUCAUUCAGAAACGGAGAAGGCGGUUUGGAGCGCCAAAUGGCUACCAAAGACUGGGAGGUCUGAAGGAUUUGCUACUGCUGGAGCAAGCCGAAGCAUAGCUUUCUAUCGCGAAGCAACUGGUGGCUGA